GACAUGCUUUAAUUAAUUAUUUUCAGCUGAAAGAGCUUUAGACACAAUGAACUUUGACACCAUCAAAGGUCGACCAAUCAGAAUUAUGUGGUCUCAACGUGACCCCUCUCUCCGUAAAUCUGGUGUUGGGAACGUUUUCAUCAAGAAUUUGGAUAAGAGCAUUGACAACAAAGCCUUGUACGAUACCUUCUCGGCAUUUGGAAACAUUUUAUCUUGUAAAAUUGUAUCAGAUGAACAUGGUUCUCGUGGCUAUGGAUUUGUCCAUUUUGAGACCGAAGAAGCUGCUCGAAAUGCCAUCGAAAAGGUCAAUGGCAUGUUGUUAAACGGAAAGAAAGUAUUUGUAGGUAGAUUCAUGAAUCGUCGUGAACGUUUAGAACAAAUGGGUGACAAGAUGAAGAAGUUCAAUAAUGUAUAUAUAAAGAAUUUUAGUGAGGAUAUCGAUGAUGAGAAAUUGAAGGCUUGGUUUGAACAAUUUGGAAAGAUUAUAAGUGCAAAGGUAAUGACUAGUUUUGAUGGUAAAGGCCGUGGAUUUGGAUUUGUCAGUUAUGAAGAACCUGAGGCUGCUGAAAAGGCUGUAACAGAAAUGAAUGGCAAUGAGUCUGAUGGAAGAACUUUGUAUGUUGGUCGUGCCCAGAAACGAGCAGAACGCCAGGCUGAGCUUAAAGACAAGUUUGACAGGUUGAAGCAAGAGAGAAUGAAUAGGUACCAGGGUGUGAACUUGUACGUCAAGAAUCUAGAUGACAGCAUUGAUGAUGAACGACUUAGAAAAGAAUUCUCACAGUUUGGUACAAUCACCAGUGCCAAGGUAAUGGUGGAGGGUGGACGAUCAAAGGGAUUUGGAUUUGUGUGUUUCAGCUCACCUGAGGAAGCUACAAAGGCUGUAACGGAGAUGAAUGGUCGCAUCAUCGUAGCCAAGCCUCUGUACGUAGCUCUUGCACAGAGAAAAGAAGACAGAAAGGCACAUUUAGCUUCGCAGUACAUGCAACGUCUCGCUAGCAUGAGGAUACAGUCACAACAAAUGGGUCAAGUGUUCCAACCAGGCAGUGGUGCAGGUUACUUUGUCCCCACCAUGAACCCAGGUGCUGCAAGAGCCAACUACUUUGCUCCUACACAGAUCCCACAAAUGAGAGCUGGACCACGCUGGCAGACAGUCAGACCUACAGGCCAACCUGGUGGUACAAGCUUCCAGUCCAUGCCAGGUGGACCAGUAAGACCGGGUCCAAGACCAUCAGCUUCAGCCAGUGCUGGUCAAGCACCAGGUGCCCAGCAACAGAUGAGACCAUCCACAAUGAAUGCAAGACCAAUUACCGGCCAGUCUGGAGCCCAAGCACGCCCAGGAAUGAGCAUGCCUCAGAGCUCGAUGCAAGGAAGGCCCCAGCAGCCUCAGGCUCCAACCAUGCCCCAGGGUGCUCGGCCAGGAUACAGCCAGUUCCAGAACAGGCCACAGCAACAAAGCCAGGCUAUUGUUGUGCCAGGCCAGGACGCUUUGACAGCUUCCAUGUUGGCUGCCGCCCCACCCCAGGAACAAAAGCAGAUGUUGGGAGAACGUCUGUUCCCCCUCAUCCAACAUAUGUACCCAGACCUCGCGGGUAAGAUCACCGGCAUGUUGCUUGAAAUUGACAACUCCGAGUUGCUCCAUAUGUUGGAAUCCAAGGAGUCUUUGAAGGCCAAGGUUGAGGAAGCUGUAGCUGUGUUACAGGCUCACCAAGCCAAGGAAGCUGCUGCCACUCAGGCCGCCACCAAUGCCAUGAAGAAAGAAUAACUAUGAACUUUACAAACAAAAGACCGAAAGUGACCGUUGGAUAUAGCUUGACAUGUUAAUUUUGCAUUUUUUAACAAAUCUGAACGGGUCUCUUGUGAAAAAAAUACGCGUCGGUUCUGUUUUUAACAAUAAAAAAAAGUUGAUAUGUCGAAAAAUGCAAAAGUAAUGUAACUUUACCGUUGCUUUUUUGUUGUUUUUUUGCAUAUUAGAAAAAAUCGUGUGAGUAUUUUUGAACAUUUGUUUCAAUUAUUUUUUUUCAAAAAUUGAUAAAAAAUGUUUUUCUCGGAAAAAAAUUUGAAAUGGAGGCAAAUGUUCAAAAAUAAACAACCAAAAAAAUCCAAGCACUACAACAGAUAUGAUAUGAUUACUGUUAACUCUCUCUCUUUUUUUAAUGAUUAUAAUAUAUAUAUGUAUAAAAAAAUAACCAAAAAAAUAGUAAAAUAUCUUUUAUCUGUUCAAUAUAAUAUAUGAUAAAUAUAUAAAAAACGGGAACUGUAUUAUAUGUUACAGUAGUGGUGUGUAGAGUUUGACUUUUACCAUUGGUGUUGUCUUAUUGUGUUAAUUAAGUAAGGACCUUUGAUUUGAGAUACUUGAGAAGAGGGAAGUAAUGGUAAUAUUACCGAUACUUACAUGUAAAACGUUUUUCUUUUUUUUUCAAGAGAGAGACUUAAUUAGUAUAGCUUGUCAUGUACUGUAAUUUUUUUAAAUUUUUUUUUUUUUCUGGAAUUUUUUUUCCUCAUGAAAUAAAAGUUGAGCUAGUUAUUCAAA